AAAACUGUGAAGAUCUGGCGAAGGUGGUACCAACAUGGUGUACCUUGUAAAUAUUUGUAUGGAAUGAUGCACGUGGUUUAAAAAGAGAGAUGGCUCCACCUACCAUCCAGGUGUCAAGCAAGGAUUGGGUUAAGUAAAAAGGCAUUAUUGGGAUUACAAAAAUCAAUUGAAUUUUGCUGCCCAGGAAUGGAAGGCUACUUUUAUCAGGUGUGAACUAAAAAAAAGUCAUGAACAAUCAAUAACGUCACUGUGUCAGAGCCAACACAAGAAGCUUACUGGAAAUAGCGAAAACAACUGAAACAAAGAAAGAUUUCAAAGUCGGUGGUGUACUCUUCAGAUUCGUAGAUAUACACACUCAUCUCUCUCCGCGUUGAUCUCUCUCUCUCUCUCUCUCUCUCUCUCUCUCACCAUGGCGGACCGUGGUGCUUCUUCUUACGGAUUGACUCCUCGACUAGAUAUUCAGCAGUUACAAUUUGAAGCCCAGCAUCGAUGGUUGCGCCCUGCAGAAAUAUGCGAAAUUCUUAAGAAUUAUCAGAUGUUUCAAAUCACUCCAGAACCGCCUAGCAGGCCACCGAGUGGAUCGCUUUUUCUUUUUGAUCGCAAGGUUUUGAGGUACUUCAGAAAGGAUGGACACAACUGGAGAAAGAAGAAAGAUGGAAAAACUGUGAGGGAAGCUCAUGAAAAGUUGAAGGUGGGAAGUGUUGAUGUGUUACACUGCUACUAUGCCCAUGGAGAAGAGAACGAAAAUUUUCAGAGGCGAAGCUAUUGGAUGCUUGAACCGGAUAUGAUGCAUAUAGUGUUUGUCCACUACUUGGAUGUGAAGGUUAACAAGACCAAUAUUGGUGCAAGUACAGAUACUAAUGAGGUUACAUCAGAUUCCCAGAACGGCAGUUCUGUGUCAUCUGGCUUUCCUGCAAAUUACGGUAACACGCCUUCAGGAAGUACGGAUUCUAUGAGCCCAACAAGUACUUUAACUUCUUUAUGUGAAGAUGCUGAUUCAGAGGAUAUUCACCAAACAAGCUCAGGAUUUCAUGCUUUUCAUGGGUCACAAAAUCUGGGGAAUGGUCCACCCAUGGAUAAGAUUGAUGCUCGUUCAAAUAGUUCAUAUCUUACGCAUCCCCUUUCAGGUGGUCAUGGCCAGUUACCAAUUUCAGGAACAAAUUAUCUCCCACUUGUUCAGGGGGUUAAAUCCAAUCCAAGUGAUAUUACAUACAUUGAGGGUCAGAGACACAUCAUAGCAUCCUGGGACAAUGUCGUGGAGAAAUCUGCAGGAUCACACUCUGAUCCUUCCCUUGUAUCAACAAAUUCCAUUCCAUCAAGUUCAAUGGAAAACACCAUUGAACAAGAACAGACUGUCUUUACUGAAGUAGGAGGGGCCUCACAAUCUCUCCAAUCAAAUUGGCAGAUUCCUUUUGAGGAGAAUACAGGAGAAUUUCCUAAAUGGAGUUUUACUCAAUCAUCGAGUUUGGAAUUUGGAUCUGAUUAUACCACUGGAUUACUGGGAAAAGAAAAUUAUAAUGGAAGUCCAGAAACUGAUCCUGGCCUAUUUUCUUUUAAUUAUGAGCCAGAAGAGCAGUCUGUGCAGCAAAACUUGUCAAUGCAGCAUGCACAUGGACAAUCUCAGGAUGCACUGACAACUGAGUGUGAUGAAAUUCAUGGUGAACAGAGUAUCAACUAUGCAUUGACCAUGAAGCGUGUUUUUAUGGAUGCAGAAGAAAGCCUAAAGAAGGUUGAUAGCUUUUCUAGGUGGAUUUCUAAAGAACUUGCAGCGGUGGACGAUCUACACAUGCAGUCUUCCCCUGGUGUUUCCUGGGGAACGGAUGAAUGUGGGAAUGUGAUAGAUGAAACCUCAUUGAACCUGUCCCUAUCUCAAGACCAGUUGUUCAGCAUAAAUGAUUUUUCACCUAAAUGGGCUUAUGCUGAAUCAGAAAUUGAGGUGUUGAUUAUUGGAACAUUUUUGAAAAGUCAACCAGAGAUGGCAACAUGUAACUGGUCCUGUAUGUUUGGGGAAGUGGAAGUUCCAGCUACGGUUUUAGCUAAUGGAAUUCUGUGCUGUCAAGCUCCACCUCAUGAGAUUGGACGGGUCCCUUUCUAUGUAACCUUUUCCAAUAGAUUUGCUUGUAGUGAAGUUCGGGAAUUUGAGUACAAAGAGGGCUAUACUAGAAAUGUAGAUUUGGCAGAUUUUGUUAACAGCUCAACUGAAAUGCUGCAUCAUUUGCAACUGGAUGAGUUACUUUCUUUGAAUUCAGUUCACCCUUCAAAUCAAGUUUUUGAGGAUGACAUGGAGAAAAGGAACUUGAUUCUUAAGCUUAUUUCACUGAAAGAGGAAGAGGAAUAUUCGAGUAAUGAAGAGCCAACCGUAGAGAUGAAUAUAUCAGAAUACAGGUUGAACGCACAUAAGUUUCACAGGCAGGUUAAGGAGAAGCUGUACUCGUGGCUUCUUCACAAAGUAACUGAAACUGGUAAAGGGCCUCAUGUGUUUGGUAAAGAUGGGCAAGGUGUGUUACAUUUGGUUGCUGCUCUUGGUUAUGAUUGGGCCAUAGCACCAAUUGUAACUGCUGGAGUUAUUAUAAACUUCCGUGAUGUGAAUGGAUGGACAGCUCUACACUGGGCUGCAUCCUGUGGCAGAGAGCGAACAGUUGCUCUCCUUGUCUCCAUGGGUGCAGCUGCCGGAGCAUUGACAGAUCCAUGUCCAGCAUUCCCUUCAGGAAGAACACCUGCAGAUCUUGCUUCCAACAAUGGCCACAAAGGAAUUUCGGGUUUUCUUGCUGAGUCAUUAUUAACUAGCCACCUUGAAUCACUCACAGUGGAUGAUGUGAAUAAAGAUGGUACGAAAGAAAAUUUGGGAAUGAAAGCAGUACAGACAUUUUCAGAACGAAUUGCAACACCUGUGUUUUGUGGGGAUGUACCAGAUGCUAUCUGCCUUAAGGAUUCUCUUGAUGCUGUCCGUAAUGCUACCCAAGCUGCUGAUAGAAUACAUCAAGUAUAUAGAAUGCAGUCAUUUCAAAGGAAACAGUUAGCUCAGUAUGAAGAUGAUGACGAGUUUGGAUUGUUAGAUCAGCAAGCUCUUUUGCUUCUAGCUUCUAAGGGAAGAAAAUCUGGACAUGGGGAGGGUUCAGCCAAUGCUGCUGCAAUACAAAUACAGAAAAAAUUUCGUGGUUGGACAAAGAGAAAAGAAUUCUUGUUCAUUCGUCAAAGAGUUGUUAAAAUCCAGGCCCUUGUAAGAGGUCACCAGGUAAGAAAGAAGUACAAGCCAAUCAUUUGGUCCGUUGGAAUCCUGGAGAAGGUUGUAUUACGGUGGAGACGUAAGGGCAGUGGUUUACGUGGAUUUCGACCAGAUGCCCUUAAUAAGGUCCCCAAUCAACCAAGCAAUGAUCCUGCGAAGGAGGAUGAUUAUGAUUUUCUCAAGGAAGGGAGGAAACAGAGUGAAGAAAGGUUCAAAAAAGCCCUGACAAGGGUUAAGUCUAUGGCUCAGUAUCCAGAGGCUCGGGCUCAGUACAGGCGGCUGCUAAAUGUAGUAGACGACUUCCGCCAUACUAAGCAGGCAUGUAAUUUGAGUUUGAUAAAUUCGGAAGAGGCAGUUGAUGGUGUGGAGGAUUUGAUUGAUAUUGACAUGCUUUUAGAUGAUAAUUUCUUACCCAUAGCAUUUGACUGAUCCUUUGAGGUUGCUACUCCUCUCCUCUCUUCUGUAAAUAGAUGGCCCGUCGGUUUUAUUUGGCAUGGGAAACAUCUUAACAUCGUAUAUAGAAUAUAAUAAUCAGAACCGCUUGGAUCCUAGGUUGUCAUGUUUUGUACCAAAAACUAGUUGGAUCCAAGGCUGGAUAUAAAUAGAUUGUGAUUGCUAGAAUCUGCAUUCAUGUUUGAUUGUUCAAAUACUGAAAUCUAGACAUGGUUUGAUUUUACAUAUAUUCAUUUAUAUAACAUAGGGCUGAAUAUAUUUUUGGUUAUUCAUAUAACAUUUGUGUA